GGGGCUGAAUUUGAUUGUCCCUUCCGGUAGACAGUGACACCCCGGUGUCACACGUCCAAACCGCCGAGUGUUGAAUAUUUGAAAAUGUAUUGGCCAUUGAGGUUAGAAAGCUUCCCCACAAACUCGUUAGGCUGUUGCGCUUUAUAUAAUACAUGAAUGCACACGAAGAAUGGCUUUUAAAAAAAGAUACCAUUUCAUCUCACACCCACCGUACGGGCCACUGUGUGUGAACGUGCGCAUCCCGAACGAAGGAAAUUGGUUUCUCAAUUAUGGAUGCGCAGGUGUCCUGCCUACUGUCGGGUUGCUUCUGCUGACCUUUUUAGUACGGUAUCCGAUACGAAACAAAAACCCAACGUCUUGUGCAACGCGCACGACAGUCGUACAAGUGUACCGUGCAAGUUAACGUGAUGGUCACGCGGUUUUGUGGCGUUUCGACGCUACUGCUGGUGCUAGUGCUACAAUCAGAUCAGGUUACGGGUGAUGAUUUCCCGUCGCUGCUAUCCACAAACGCGUCCAUGGGCAAGUUUCAACUACCGAAGAAUCGCAAUCAAAUUGUGUCACCACCUUCCUCACUCAACCAGUUCUUUGUGUACCGAUCAUACACAAUACAGUUUUAUAUUGCGCUUAGGCACUCCGAUGGUGCUUUUAUACAUUGUUGAAACUAAUUUGCUCACAUUGAAUUGUUUGCAUUUACGACUCCAACUAGCGAUCAUUCUUGACCGUGAAUAUCUCGGUGCGGAGUACGAGAAAACACUGGAGGAGACGAAAACCAUUGUUGAAAAAUUGAUACGAGAACAUUUGAAAAAUGGAGGCCUGAUCGUGAAGUACUACUCCUGGACAAGCAUUAAUCUGAAGCGGGAUUUCUCCGCCGUGCUGUCGGUAUCGAGCUGCAAAAAUACAUGGGACAUCUACCAAGAAGCCGUCCGCGAGCGACUGGUAAUGUUGAGCAUUACCGAUCCGGACUGUCCACGACUUCCGACGGGAAAUGCAAUCAUGAUUCCACGUAGCGAUGGGUCUGGUAAUUCCUUCGAUGAGGUGUCGCAGAUCAUACUCGACAUGAAGAGUUCCCGUGCCAUCGGUUGGAACACGGCAACGCUACUGUACGAUCAGGCUUACGAUACCGAAAUUAGCCGUUGCAUACUAUCACUGCUCGAGGACCGUGAAGGCAUAAAACCGCUCACGCUGACUGAGUUUAAAAUAAACGCACCGACACACAGUUGGGAAAAACGGAAAGAGAUCCGUAAAACGCUGCUCGGAAUUCCGACCGCUUACACAGGAAGAAAUUUCAUCGCGAUUGUAAAUAUGGCCACACUAACACUACUGAUGGAGAUUUCCAAGGAUCUCAAACUGGUUAACCCUUUCUCACAGUGGCUAUAUCUGAUACCAAACACGGAGAAAACAAAUAGUGACUUCUUCACAUAUUCUACCAUCAUUAACGAAGGAGAUAAUGUAGCGUUCGUGUACAACAACGCUAACAAGGCACAAAACUGCUCCGUUAGUGUACUGUGCUACAUGGAGUCCUAUCUGCUUCACUUCAUUCGAAGUCUCUCGAAGUUGAUCCGCGAGGAACAAAUCGUAUUCGGACAAAUCUCGGACGAGGAAUGGGAAAUUAUACGUCCGAGCAAGCAGGAACGAAAGGCAAAGUUUUUAAACAUGAUCAAGUCUGCUAUUACGUCUAAGGAUGAGUGUAACAAAUGCUCCCAGUGGAAGGUCCAAUCCGCAGAAACGUGGGGUUACGUUUACAGGACAGAUUUUAUACCGGACAUAAAUGAUGUGCAGGAGCGCCGAAAGUUUACAAUGCUCGACAUCGGCUACUGGUCACCGCAGGAUGGAUUUAUGCUAACGGAUGCCCUAUUUCCACACUCUCAAUACGGAUUUCGUGGUGUACAGCUCGUCUUCUACAGCUACCAUAACCCACCAUGGCAGUUUGUGUCAUACAACGAGUCGGGUAUUCCAAUCAUUUCGAGUGGCGUGGUCUACGACAUACUCACCGAGCUUUCACGCAAGCUGAACUUCACCUACACUAUGGUAAUUUCACAACCAGCCGAGAUUAAUGGUUCAAUCAUUGAGGGAAACACAUCGUCUGUCUAUGAUUUGAAAACCAUUUCGUCGGAUAUACCGCAGGAAAUAUUCAGCACGCUAGUUAACAACAAGAUACUUCUAGCUGCAAUAGGUGCAACUGUAAACGAGAAGCAAAAAAAGUUUGUUAGCUUCACUGACCCCAUCAGCAUCCAGACGUACAGCUUCAUCAUCUCACGUCCACGUGAGCUGAGUCGAGUACUACUCUUUUUGUCACCCUUCGGUCCAGACACAUGGUUGUGUCUAGCGGCAGCUGUUGCGUUAAUGGGACCUAUACUCUGUGUCAUCAACAAGCUUAGCCCAUACUACGAAGUACACAAUAAACCCACCGACAUAGGACUGGGAAAGGUGAACAACUGCUUCUGGUAUAUCUAUGGUGCAUUGUUACAGCAAGGUGGUCUAUAUCUGCCAUAUGCAGAUAGUGGACGAAUCAUUAUAGGAACUUGGUGGCUGGUUGUGCUGGUAAUCGUUACUACCUACUGUGGUAACUUGGUGGCAUUUUUAACAUUCCCAAAGAUUGACAUCCCCGUCAAUCGCGUGAUGCAGCUGUUGCGCAAUGACCGUGGAAUGACUUGGAGCAUCCGCCGAGGUACCUUCCUGGAGGAGAUCUUAAUGGACUCAACCGAACCAAAGUAUGUGCAGCUGUACAAGGGCAGUCAGAUAAUAACCGAACUGUCGGAUGAGCUAGUGGAACGUAUCGAGGCUGGCAAGCACGUCCACAUCGACUGGCGAAACAACCUGCGCUACCUGAUGAAGCGUCAGUUUCUGCGUACGGAUCGGUGCGACUUCGCGCUCAGCACGGAUGAGUUUCUGGACGAGCAGAUUGCACUGGUGAUGCCGAAAGAAAGCCCCUACCUCGAGCUGGUAAACGAAGAGAUCAAGCGAAUGCAUCAGUUUGGGUUCAUCCAGCGCUGGGUAUCGCAGUACCUGCCGGCGAAGGACAAGUGCAGCGGCACCGGUCGCGUGAUGGAUGUCCAGAACCACACGGUAAACAGUUCGGAUAUGGCCGGUUCGUACUGGAUUCUGUUGCUUGGGUUUGCCAGUGGACUGUUUAUCUUUCUGUGUGAGUUUGCCGUCAGCAGAUACCGUCAGCAUCGGGCAUCUAAAGCGGCGAUCGUUGCGUACAACGACUAGGAUGU